AUGAGUUCAUCUGAUGCCACUGAUAAAACGAUUAAAGCAGCUGAAAUUGCUGAGGCUAAAAUUACUGGUAAAGAAACUCCAGCAUGUGAUCCUCAUAAAAAAGCCGAUGCUGAAAAUAAAGGUCAACUUACUGGUGAUCAAUCAACAAUUCGUGAAACACCUGUAGCUCCUGUCGGUGCAACACCUGAAACAGCGAAUUAA